GGGGGAAGGGGCGUGGUGAUGAUGUGACGAUGAGUCAUGUGGCCAAAGAGUCAAUUGGAGCUGAUGACGGCGCUCGCAAGCUACAAAGAUCAGAUUCAGAUAGAUCUGGCCAUUCGGCGCAUCAACUCAACUCAUGCUGGAGGACAUCCACAGCAUUCCUGCAUGAGGUGUAUCACUCAUCGAGCGGCACCUCAUCUUUCUGACCCUUCGGCGGUUAUCCGCAGCUUUUGCUUCUGUCGGUGAUUGGGCAGUGCAAGCGCGGUCCCACAGCUUCUGAGGUCCACAAGGGUCAGCAUCAGUGACAGCCGCAGCCAAUGGAGCCAGGUUCGCAGCCAGCGAGCGGAGAUGUCCGUCCUCCUCGUUCGAAGGCCUCCCGUCCGCCCACUCGGCCUGCUCGGCCCCAGAACCGACCCAAGAUGCAGCCCAAGGCCAAGGCGCCGCCCCCCCAGGGACACUACUGUAUGGGCAUGCCGCCCCAAUACCCCGUGUAUGCCCCCCCUGGCCCUCCCUCCGGCCCCUUGCCCUUCUCCCCUCCCUCAGGACCCUACCCCCCUAACAUGCCCGUCAUCUAUCGACCAUGGCAUCCGCCGCAGCACCAACAGUGGUUCCCUCACGGCAAUCCGCCGCAUGUGGAUCCACCAUCAGAAGGUGGUCCUUCUGCACCUGCCGCUGCUGCUGCUGCUGCUGCUGCUGCUGCUGGAGGUGGAGGGGGUGGGCAGACGACUGGUGCGGCGAGUGAGGGCGGUUCGCGGUUGUCACUGCCUCCGCCGAAUGGUUUUCCUGCCACGCUCAAGGGGCUUGCUGCAGAGAUGGCCGAUGAAGACCUGCUCAAGGAAGCACCACCGCGGAAAGCCCACGAGUCCGCGGCAGCACAAUCGAGCCAGAAAUCCGCUUCGCCAGCCAGGGGGCUUGCCACCCCAUCCCCUCCGCCAGAUCGACAAGCCCAACCACUGCCCAACGGACCGGUUCGCCCACUGCUUUACCAACCGCCGCACCCAUUCGCACCGCCAGGUGGCGCUCCUGGCCAUCCGGGGGGAUAUCACCCUUAUCCUCCACCGCCCCCCUUUGCGCACACACACCAGUGGCCCGCGAUGCCGCCGGGUCGCCCAGUGGCAGUACUUGGAGCCCCGAAAAGAGCCAGCGGGGCACAAAGCAAAACCGGCAGUGCGGUGGGCGACGACGAUGCCAGCCAGGAGAUCACUGACGUGCCCGAGGGCUACACAUUCGGUCGGUAUGCAUUCAUUGCACACAUAUAUGCAGCUGAGCUGAGCACAGCACAGCACAGGCAGACAGGCGUUCGGUGCAGUGCGUACCUAGACGCAUUUUAUUUCCGUUUCUUUCCAUCCAUCAGAGUUGGAGGACCAUCGUGAAGCGGAUGGAUCCAUUGUGGGUCGGGUGCGCUUCAACGGCCGGUCUAUGGAGAGGAAGGUCUUCAAGCUCGGUAGCUACAACAAUGCCGUGGCGGGAGCGUCCAAGGCCGCCGAGGAGUGGGGGAGAAAGGCCAUCCUCAGACACGUCGAGAGGCAGCGCAAGCGGCAGGAGAAGCUGGCCGAGCAGCACGCUGAGGCCCUCUCCCCCACCUCACAGGCGGUGUCGAAGCGGCCAACGGGCGGCCUGCGGCCGCGGACCGCUCUGCACAAGCCCAAGGUGCCUGGCAACAACGACGCUGAUUGGGUGGCGAAUCCGUCGGAUGUUGCGUCAUCGGAUGAGGACAUGGAUGGUGAGGCGGAGGGCGACGAGGAUGACAGCGAUGCGCGGCCGAAGCGGGGUGGCAAGAGGCGGCGGGUCACAGAGAGCGACAAGGUCAGGCGGGCCAAGGCGGAGCUGCCUCAGCCGGCACCACCUGCGCACAAGGAGGUCAGGAUCGACGACACCACAACCGUGCCCGUUGAGGCAGGUAGGUAGGUCCGUCGCUCGGCCAGGCCAGAACACCUCCACCACCACCACCACCACCAGGCGUCUCAUUCCCGUGCUCCUUGCCUGUGUGUGUCAGGUGUGCGUCUGAACGGCCAGACAGUGUAUCGUUAUCAGGGCUAUGUCAAGGUGGGCGGCAGGGUGCGGGAGAAGAAGGACUUCCCCCCCGGCGCCAGGCCGCCCGAGGAGGCACUGGAGCUGGCCACGGCAUGGGCCGAGGCAACCUUGCAGGUGUGGGUCAAGCACAUUCAAGUCGACGACGACAACGCCAGCGGCAAACCUCGCACAAGACAGAGAGACGGGGCAGCCGCAACGCAGCGGAGGAAGCCGAGGACAAAAGGAGGUGGUGGCGGGGGUGAGGAUCUCAUGUCGUCUGUGGUGGCUGACGGCGACGGGGGUGGCGCUCCUGUGGAUGGCCAGCCCGCCGAAGGGCCGGGGGGUGAGGUUGCAGCGGCAGCAGAGGGGGCUCCUGAGUCCGACAAGAGGGCCCCGAGGGGGAAGAAGAGGACACGGCACGACCGUGUGAUCGAGCCGUCGGGCGACAUACAAACUGACCCACGUAUCGCGGGCACUGCACAGACAGACAAAGAGACAGACACAAACACAGACAGACACUACACACAUGGGAGGGGAGACUGUUCACUCCACUUUACCGGCUUGGUGUGGUGUGCACUGCAGAUUGGUGCGUGGUUGCCCGCCCUGGAGGCGACUACAUUGCCCGUUUCAUCCGUGACGGCUUCGAGCGUCGCUUCGGCCCCUUUAGGUCGCUGCAGACGGCCCAGCGCGCCUUCGAUGACGAGCUGGUCAAGACCUACGGCUCAAGGGCAUGCGAGACGGUGCUGUUCGAUCCGUCCAGACUGGAGCAGCUCAAGGACAACGCUGCCUUCCAUGUGGCAUCCCACGUGCCCGAGUACGCCACCUACCGUGGGUCGGUCGUCAGCCACCGUGCAGUCAAGAGGGCUGCUGCCGCUGAUGACCACAUCGUGGAUGUGGUCAUAAUAGGGGCCGGCACUGCGGGUACGGACAUGGUCACGUCUGCACAGGAGUCUCGCUGAAGCUCUGUCUCAUGUAUGUCGCAUAUAUUUCCAUCCUUGCUUGCGUGUGACUGCAGGUCUGGUGUGUGCAAGGGAGCUGAUUCGUCGCGGACUGAGUGUUUUGGUCUUCGAGUCCAAGGACCGCAUCGGCGGCCGCAUCCACACCGUCAAGCUUAGCGGCACCACCCCCACAGGCAACCCUGCAGACGACCUCGAGGCCUGGGACGUGGAGGCAGAGCUCGGCGCACAAUACAUCCAUGGCUGCUCACCCGGCAUGGCGGACAUCAAUCCCGUCUACAGGACGGCCCUCGAACGGCGAGAGCGGCUCGGCCUGCCCCAGGCCGGCGUCGCCACGCCCCACGCCGACCCUGCUAUGGCAGGUCUCUGUCUCGACCACCUAAAUGGCGAGGCGGUGCCGGCAGAGGUGAUCGUCAAGCUGGGUUUCGUCCUGGACAAGAUCACGGCGGCCAUCCAGUGCAAUGCAAUCGACAUGUGCUUCCCCUUCCGGAUGGACGGGGCGGGGACCAAGUUGCGCGAGCCAUCGGAGGUAUGGGACGUGGCGCUUGACGCCAAGAGGCGAGGCGAGAUCCGUGGAUGGCGACAUGGGCUGUGGAAGAGUGACCAGAGGGGCGUGGGGCACGUGGCGGAGAGGUGGCGCAAGGGCAGCAAGAGCGGUGGGGGGUGGCGCAAGGGACGCUGGAAAGAGGAGGCGGCUCUCUUGGGAGGAACAUCAGGUGGAGACAUCAACGGCCAGAGUGGUGACCUACUGGGUGGUCUUCCUGCACCACCCCCAGCCGCAGCGGCCGCCGGGCCGGCUGUGGACGACAAGGAGACUGCUGAGAGCCCUCGAGCUGCCCCAGCCCCAGGCCCCGCCCCUCCCAGCCCUAUCCCAGCUGCUGCUGCUGCUGCUGCCGCCGCCGCUGCUACUGCUGACGGACCAAUGAUGCUUGACGAGCAGCAGCCAAUGCUCAACGGAACCGACACAGACGAGCUGGCCGUCGGCCGUCGGUGUGGCAGCCUGCCCCUGCCGUCGAUUGAGGAUGCCUUUCACCAGAACCUGGUGUCAGUGUGUCAGCGGCUGGACAUCCAGUACCCUUUGUCCUUCACCGAGGAGGCCCUGCUGCACAAGGCCAAGCAGCGGCGGUGGGGCUACUGCGCCAUGCCCAGCGAUCUCGACAUCGAACACGAGUACUUCCUCAACACACUGGAGGGCAACGGCAUGAACGACGGACACAGCGGGGCCACGCAGUUCUACGGCACAGCCACGGUGUCCAUUGGGCUGGGGCAGGGCACCACCAGACACGCUUCCCAGCCGACACCUGAGGCGCUGGACCACCUCGCGCAUGAGGCCCUCACUGCGGCAACGGUCGGGCUGCCGGGCGACCCCUAUCUCUCCGACCAGAAGCACCUGGUCAAGGACGCGGCGAGCAGGUUGGUGCAGCAGGGCGUCAUGGACUUCCCUCUCUACCGAUUCGCCAAGGGGAGCCAGGAGCAGGCGAGUGCGCCUAGGCCGGGUAGGCGGCCAGCGGGGCAUGUCGACGAGCGUGUCUUUGGGGAUCGGGUGGUGCUGUCGAGCUACACGCGGCUGGUGACGGACAAGGUUGUGGUAAAGGGCGCAAAGGGGGCGGGGGGGAGCAUGGAGCCGGACAUAUCGCUGUCUGAGCCAGUGCAGAGCGUCCGGUGCCCUGGGCUGCACAGCGCUGCUGACGGCCAUACUGCGUGUGAGGUCACCCUCAGAGGCGGAAAGGUCAGCCCAGCCCCACACACCACACAAGGAUAUCACACACGUUUGGUGUGUAUGUGUACUUAAUGGCUUUACUUACGCAGGUCGUUGAGAGCGACUUUGUGGUGUGCACUGUGCCUAUCGGGGUGCUCAAGGCCUCACUCAAGUGCCACCCAAGACAAGACACACUCGACACUAACAAGUAAGUAAAUGCCCUCCCUCCCUCUCGGCCACACAACCAUCCAUUCACAGACACCAACCAAACCGCCUCCCUCCCUCCCUCCCUCCCUGUGCAUUGUAUCUCAUUCCAUCCUCACUCAGCAACAGCAGCGCCCUGGCUUUCGACCCACCCCUCAGCGGCGCCAAGCAGGCCGCCAUCCGUCGAUUCGGUGUGGGUGCGACCAACAAGGUGCUGCUGCGGUUCUCAGUCAGGCGUCACCCACCGCCACACGGACACCACCAGCCCCACCCCAGUCCAGCUAGUGCCAGUGCCAGUGAUGCGGCGGAGCUGGAGGAGGGCGACCUGCACCCGCUGUGGACGUACUACGGGCACAUCCCCAACUGGACCACCACACACCCGCACUACUACUUCCUCAACCUCCAUGCCUACUCUUCCGGCUCGGCCAGUGAGUGGUCUAGACAGACAGACAGACAGACGCCAUGUGUGAUGGAUUGAGUGAUUGGUGUGAGGAACUGAUUGGCUCAAUAAAGGGUCGGUUGGUUGUGUGCGUCUGUCUGUCUAUGCAGGUAAGGCUGGCCUGGUGUGCUGCAGUGUGGGGCCGCCACUGGCGUAUGACUGGGGAGGCCGAAAUGACCAAGAGGUGAGGGAUGACUGUCUCAAGGUGCUCCGGGGCAUGUUCAGCAGCCUCAGACGAGAGGUAGGUAAGGGUCGCCAGCCUGCCUCCCUACCUGCCAGCAAGCCGCGCGUCUAUUUGCUCUGUGUGUCACAUCCAUCCAUUCUUUCAGUUGCGUGAGAGUUCCGAGAGCAGCGACAACUCUGUGGACGACUCUGUGGUGGACGUCCUGCCACAGCUCCUCGACUACCGCGUGUCGCGGUGGACGCAGGACCCUGACUUCCUCGGCAGCUACUCAUUCAUACCAAAGGUGGGUAGGUCACCGUCAGCAACGAGGGAGACGACACGCAGCGCAGCCACGGGAGGGGGUGUGGAAUGGAAUGGUGUGGUGUGCAGGGCAGCGAUGAGCGUCUGAUCGAGCAGAUGGCCUCCCCAGAAUGGGACGGCAGACUCAUAUUCGCCGGUCAGGCAGCGCAUCGCAUCGCAUCGCAUCGCAGCACACACACAUAGCCAGCCAGACGGGGCGUGUAUGCAUCUGUGCUGACCCCUUUUGCCUCUGUGUGUGCAGGUGAGGCGACGAGUCGUGUCGGCUUCCAGACGGUGACUGGGGCAUGGUGCAGCGGCCUGAGGGCAGCCGACCAGGUCAUCCAGGCCAUACAGCCACACCUAGCCGUCCCUGCAGCACAACCGUCACAGCAGCAUCCUGCUGCAGCAGCAGCCGCUGCUGGUGGUGGCUUCGGCGGGGAUGGCGGCGACAAGAGGGAGGACACAGAGAUGUCGGUGGGCGGCCUGCCGAGUGGAGAUGGGCAGGCAGGUGCUGGUGAAGCUUAGUGGACAAUUAUAUUGGAAGGACAGACAUGUGCGUGUGGCAGUACAGUACGUGUGGGAUGUGCGUGGAGGAAGGCUCACUCACUGCAGUUGCUGACCAGCAGUCGCGAGGAGUGAGUGGAGUGGCGCGGUCCUUCUGUGCCGGACCAGAAGGCACACGCUCGGUGGUCGCUCUAGCUAGCUACGUGUGGAUGUAGUUCUGUGUGCGGUGAUGCGCUCUUGAUCAACCAACCAACCAGUGCAUCCAUCAA